AUGUCGGUAUUCAAGUUGGAGCAGCAAAAGCAUCAGCAGCAGCAGAAUGGAUUGCAGCAACAGCAAACUAAUGGCCACGUCGCCAAUGGUCACAUUGCCAACGGCAAAGCCAACGGCCACAGUCAGGACACCNAAAGCAUCAGCAGCAGCAGAAUGGAUUGCAGCAACAGCAACAGACAAACGGCCACGUCGCCAAUGGCCACAUUGCCAACGGCAAAGCCAAUGGCCACACAACAGCAACAGACAAACGGCCACGUCGCCAAUGGCCACAUUGCCAACGGCAAAGCCAAUGGCCACAGUCAGGACACUGAGGAGACGCUGAUCUUCACCUCGGAGUCCGUCGGCGAGGGACAUCCUGACAAGAUGUGCGACCAGAUCAGCGACGCCGUCCUCGACGCCUUCCUCAAGCUGGACCCGAACUCGAAGGUGGCCUGCGAGACGGUGACCAAGACGGGCAUGAUCAUGGUCUUCGGGGAGAUCACCAGCUCGGGGACGAUCGACUACCAGGAGGUGAUUCGGAACACGGUGAAGCGCAUUGGCUACGACUCCAGCGAGAAAGGCUUCGACUACAAGACCUGCAACGUCCUGGUGGCCAUCGAGCAGCAGUCGCCGGAGAUCGCCUCGGGCGUCCACGUCAAUCGCAGUGAUGAGGAACUGGGGGCCGGGGACCAGG